GGUAAUGUCAAAUAGCCACUAACCUUAAAUAGUAAUUAGUAAUAUUUUAUUUUCUAACUUCAUGUAUAUUGAUAGAACAUAUUUAUAUUAUAUUUAAAUACAAUUUUUUAUUUUUCUGGUCUAAAAUUCCUAAUUUACAAAUAGUUUUGGGAUUCAGCUUAGCCAAAGAAACUUGUCUGAGAGAUUUGGAGCGAUAAGGCUUGUGAUAUAUUGAAUAACUAAUUCAACAUGUUAUAAAAAUGUCAGAAGUCUACAGUUAUUUAUUUGAUGGACCUAACGUAGAAAAAACAAGUUUUUCCGUGUUUGUGGCGAUAUUAUAUAUGCAAAUGCUGUACGUUUUUGGUAUGAUGUUGUAUGUUCUAACACGAUACAAUAACGACAAUUAAAUGAGAGAUGAAAUUAUGGUUUAUCUAAAGGAUGCAUCAAAAUUGAAGGAUUCAUGGAAGUUAUCAUACGGAUUUACGAAUUCAUUAAUCAUUGCUAAUUUUAUUUUAAAAGAAUUUAAAACCCAAGAUUUCCUUGUGGUGGACUUUCUCUAUCAAAGUUAUUCAAAGAGUAUUAGAGGAGUUAUUCUCAACGAGGAUGAGGAUUUUAAUACAGGUUUACAAGUAGCAGCAUUUUUGGGUGCUAUUAAUAAGCUACAUAAAAAGUAUUCUGUAUUGAUUCUGUGUUCCGAUGAUGCUAUAUAUAAAUGGCAUUAUUUUAUGUCCAACUAUGGAGGUUUUGGGGUAAAAAUUAUUAAAUCAAAUGAUAGUAUCUCUACAUCUGAUAGUGAUAUGGCUUUAUUACUAAGUUUUUCAAAUAUCAAAUUGGCAGAGAAUUUCACAGAGGAUACAUUCUUGUCAGUAGUUAUUGAUAAUCUGGAUGUAGUGGCAACAAAGCUUGUUAUACGUAAAUUACAAGGCAUUUUUAAUAUUGGAUUAUCAUCUAGAAAUUUUUAUAUUGAACCAGAUCAAAAAUUGCAGUGGAAUAUGUUAAAUUGGGCAAAUCCUGGGUGUGUGGGUAAAUUAGCAGAUUUCUAUCAAUUGGAUAGUGAAAAUUUUGCCAAUUUACGUGACAACUACAAGGAAUGGUGGUUUAGAAUAACAUGGAGUUUUUGUGAUUCAUUUGUAAAACCAUCUAGAGAAGAGCUAAAGAAAUAUGAAACAUUAUUAGAAGAUUGGAUAAAGAAGUAUUUUCCUGAUGAGAAUCCUAGAAAAAGAAAACCACGAGCACCUAGAGUUAAAAAAAACAAUAAUGAAUGCAAGAAAACAAAAUUUGACACAGUGAAAAAUUCACAUUCUAGUGAUAAUAAAGUAACACAUGCAAAUCCCUCCAAAACAAAAACUGUCACUCUUCAAAGUAAUUUAGAUGAUCCACAGCCAACAUCAUCAGAAAAUUUUUUUAAAGAAAAUGAAUGUUUAGUUCCCACAGGAAUUGAGCGUAGUACAUGUGAGAACAAUGAUUCAAAUAAUCCAAAAAAUAACCCUAAUAGUAAGGGCACUUUAGACGAUACACAACCAUCAAUAUCGGCAAAAGAAAACUUGAUUGAAGAUGAUGACUAUUCCUUAUCAGAACAACUUCUUGGUAAAAAAAAUAAACCAAGCCCUAAAUGUUGGAAUGAAGUAAAUGAUACUGUAGAUGAAUCAGAAUUUUUUUUGAGAAGUAUAGUAUCUGAUAAUAAUUUUUCAUUAUCCUCUCGACCUCACAAUGAAGAUUUUUUUAAAAGGAUAUUGAAUGAGGACACUACUGUAAGUAACCUUGAUGAUGCAUUGAAAAAAUGCCCUGUUAUGGUAAAUAAUUGUGAUGGGACCAAUUUGGAAGAAAAUGAGAAUUCAAGUAAAUCAGAAAAAGUGUCUACAAACACUUUUUCUUUUGAUAUUGAUGAUUUGAUAGAAGAUAUUUACAAAGAGAAUUCAAAUAAACCAGAAAAAAUGCCUAAAAAUUCUUUAGAUAUUGAUGACUUGGUAGAAGAUAUUUACAAACUUGUGAAAAAAUGUGAUUAGAUUAUAUUUAUUUGGUGAUAUUUAUAGAACUAAAAUUAAAAAUUAAUUUUAUUUUAAAUAACUUUAUUGUUAACUUUUAUAUAUUAAUUUUAAUAGCAACUAAAUUAUAUUUAUAUCGGGAUCACUUUUGAUCAGAAAAUGAAAUAGUGUAUUUCUUUUUAUAAAUCAAUUGACAUGGAAUUAUUUUUAAAGUAUGCUAUUUUAUUUUUUAAUAUAUGUUCUAUUAUACUUUUCAAAUACAUAUUUCAAUUAUAGGUAUAUAUACAAGCUUGAAUAAAAUAAAAUAUUUAUUUAC